AUGCCCAAAGGCACCAAAGGAGCCAAUCAUGGCGAGGUUCAGAUUCAAAAAUCACCCGCCGAGUUUUUCGCAGAGAACCAGGCCAUUGCAGGGUUCGAUAAUAUGGGAAAAUCUCUCUAUACGUCCAUCCGCGAACUGAUAGAAAACUCACUCGACGCUUGCGAAAGCAUUAAUGUCUUGCCCAAUAUUGCUGUAUCAAUUGAAGAACUAACCAAAGAAGAGUUCAAUAAGCUUCGUGGGAUAUCACAGCAGAACAAAGAUGUCGAACUCUUCCGCAAGAGAAAAGAGACAGCCUCUAAGAAGGCGGACGACAAAACUCCUACAAGGAAAAAGGCGUCACAAGAGGGCUAUUUCAUAGUUAAGGUUAAGGACAAUGGCUGCGGCAUGAGGCACGAGAAAAUCCCAGAUCUUUUAGGAAGAGUUUUGAGCGGGAGUAAGUACGGAGUUCGUCAAACGCGAGGAAAGUUUGGUCUUGGAGCAAAAAUGGCUCUUAUCUGGAGCAAAAAGUCGAGUGGAGUCCCAAUCAAAGUGACCAGCAGUCAUCGUCCUAAUGGAGGAGAACCACCAAAGCAUUUCUCAACUUGUGUUCUAGACAUCGACAUUACCAAGAAUGUUCCAAAGAUCAUCGAACACAAGAAAAAUCCCAAUUCAAUCAAACUAUGGGCAGGGACCGAGCUGGAAAUCCUCAUAAUGGGAAACUGGACUACCUAUAAGGCACGAAUUGUGCAAUAUUUACAACAAUUGGCAAUCAUUACUCCGUACUCCCAGCUCGAGCUAACUUACAAGAAUAUCAGCGAGCCAAAGCGAAACAUGAGCAUUCGCUACGAUCGGCGAUCUGAGCAAAUGCCGGCUGCAGCGAAAGAAGUGAAGCAUCACCCUAGCUCCGUCAACAACUUGGUAAUCCAACAGUUGCUGGAGAGAACAAAGCAGAAAUCAAUAUCCAAGUUUCUUGAGACGGAACUAUCAAGCGUUUCGCUUGGGGUAGCAAAGCGGAUAGUAGCUGAGUGUGGUUGGGAUGACAACGACAUAGCGCCGGACGAACUGACAGACAAAGAUAUUACAAAGCUCGUGCAAGUUCUUCAGACAGUGCAGAUGUUCAAGGCUCCUGAUGGCUCUUGUCUGAGUCCACUUGGAGAGUAUAACCUAAAUCUUGGAAUUCGAAAAGUUCUAGAACCUGACUAUGUUGCGACUGCGAGAGACCGGCCAUGUGCUUAUGAAGGACACCCCUUUAUUGUUGAGGCUGCCGUUAGCUUGGGGGGCAAAGAUGUUAAAGAAGGGAUUACUGUUGUCCGAUUUGCCAAUCGCAUUCCUUUAUUAUUUGAAGGAGGGGCCGAUGUGAGUACUAGAGUUGCCCAAACAAAGAUCAAAUGGAGCAGUUACAAGAUGGAUCACAAACGGGACAAAAUUGGAGUGUUCGUCAGUAUCGUGUCAACUAAAAUUCCCUACAAAGGAACAGGCAAAGAAUACAUUGGGGACGAUAUCACAGAAAUUUCGGUUUCAGUAAAGCGAACCCUGCAGAGUUGUUGUCAGAUGUUGAGGACUCAUUUGCAAAAGAGAAAUGCACUUCGUGACCGACAAGAACGAAAAGGGAAGCUCUGUAAGUAUAUUCCCGAUGUUUCAAGAUCUCUUUUCGCAUUGCUUGAUUCUACUCGUCGACGCCACCUGGAGUCAUCUGCUGAAGAUUCCUCUCCACGGAAACGGCAAAAAACAGAUGGGAGAAAAAUAGGGACUAUGAUUGAUCGACUGGUUCGUGGAGACAUCACUGAGGCGAUCAUCAAGCAAAAUCUCGAGAAAUCCGUAGACGUCCAAAGCUUCCUUGAUCACGAAGACCUGGAAAACAAAACUCGAAAGAACGCCGGGACACCCGUGUAUCUUAGACCUCUUUUUGACAAAUCCCAAGACCUUCAGAACGCCAUCCAACACCCACUUUUCACGUUUCGGUGUUUAACCGAGUCAAUUGGUGAGAGAAUGCAGUCUAAAUGA